CCAGCCUCCAGGGCGGCGGAGCCGGGAAGUGGGAGCCGGAGCGAAGGAGGCGGAGACUGGCGAGGCUGCCGCCGCCCGCCGGGCUCCGAGGCGAGGGGCUGCAUGGAGCUGCCGGCGCGGCUCUGCGCGCUAUGGGCGCUGCUCCUUUGCGCCGGCGGCGGCGGGGACGCGGUGCCCGCGGAAACUCAGCCACCAGUGACGAAUUUGAGUGUUUCAAUUGAAAACCUCUGCACAGUAAAAUGGACAUGGAAUCCUCCGGAGGGAGCCAGCCCGAAUUGUAGUCUGCGGUAUUUUAGUCAUUUCGGCAACAAGCAGGAUAAGAAAAUUGCUCCAGAAACUCAUCGUUCAAAAGAAGUGGCCCUGAAUGAGAGGAUUUGUCUGCAAGUGGGGUCCCAGUGUAGCACCAAUGAAAGUGACAAUCCUAGCAUUUUGGUGGAAAAGUGCACCUCACCCCCUGAAGGUGAUCCUGAGUCGGCUGUGACUGAGCUACAAUGUGUUUCGCACAACCUGAGCUACAUGAAGUGCACUUGGCUCCCAGGAAGGAACACAAGUCCUGACACUAACUAUACUCUCUCCUACUGGCACAGCAGUCUGGGAAAAAUUCAUCAGUGUGAAAACAUCUCUAGAGAAGGUCAACGCAUUACUUGUUCUUUUACUCUGACUAAAGUAAAUAAUUCCAGUGUCGACCCACAGAGUGUUCAAGUGAUGGUCAAGGAUAAUGCAGGAAAAAUUAGACCAUCCUUUCAUAUAGUGCCUUUAACUUCUCGUGUGCAACCUGAUCCUCCACAUAUUAAAAGGCUCUUCUUUCAACAUGGUGACUUAUACGUGCUAGGGAAGAAUCCACAGAAUUUUAUUAGCACUUGCUUAUCUUAUCAAGUAGAAGUCAAUAACAGCCAAACUGAGACGCAUUAUAUUUUAUCUGUUGAAGAGCCCACAUGUGAUAGUUCAGAGUUUGAGGAAAACCUGGAGGGCACAAUUUGUUUCCGGGUUCCUGUUGUUCUUCGUGAUACUUUGAACACAGUCAGAAUGCGAGUAAAAACAAAUAAGUUAUGCUAUGAAGAUGACAAACUGUGGAGUAAUUGGAGUCCAGCGAUGAGUAUAGGUAAGAAGACCAAUCCAACACUCUAUACCAUCAUGUUACUCAUCAUUCCAAUCAUUGUUGCAGGUGCAAUCAUAGUCCUUCUGCUUUAUCUAAAAAGGCUCAAGAUCAUUAUAUUCCCUCCAAUUCCUGAUCCUGGCAAGAUUUUUAAAGAAAUGUUUGGAGACCAAAAUGAUGACACCCUGCACUGGAAGAAGUAUGACAUCUAUGAGAAGCAAAUCAAAGAAGAAACCGAUUCUGUCGUGCUGAUAGAAAACCUGAAGAGAACCUCUCAGUGAUGGGGAUCAUUUAACAUUCAAUCUGAGAACUUGUUAAAUGGAAACUGAAACUACUGGACCAUUUAAAAACAGGCAGCUCAUAAGAGCCAUAGGCUUUUAUGUUGAGUCACUCACCGAAAAACUAAAAAUAAUGGGCUUCUUGGAGAAGAGAGGGGAGUUAUUCUCAUUGAAUUGUAAAAGCAGGCAUCUUUUGUGAAGUUUUCAAACUAGGGGACAAAGCAAAAAGCAAUGAUGCCAAUAGAAUUAAUCUUAUCAAGAGUUGUGACAACUUUCUUAAGGAUCUAUGCCUGCUUUGUAUUCGUUUUGUCAAACAAUACCAACAAAUUUUAUUUGUGGGUAUACUCAUUUUGGGGUGCAAAUGCUAAUGCCAAACUUGAGUCACAGAGACCAUUUAGCAAACAAAAUUGAAAAAAAAUCUGUUAUUUGUUGUUUGGGAUCCCAUUCAGUAAUGUUUGUGACUAUCAAAUUGUAAGGGUCCGGAAUCAUUUUCCCUUCAGCAGCAUUUUCCUCUACUUUGAAAGGCCCAAACAUUAGUGUUGACCACGAUGAUGACAACCACAGAAAAAACAGUGGCAGCUUCUUUUACCAAUACCUUUCAGAGCCAUUGCAGGCUUUUAAGGGCAGCAGAGGCAGAAUGACUUGCUGGGUAUUAGUAUUUGAACCACUGCAUUCUCCAAUGAUAUACUGUUUUUUCUUCACCUCUACUGCUCAAAUCAAGUAUUUACUAUGUGUUCAGAUUGUGCUAGGCUCCCAGGUGUGAGGCACCUCCAUCUAAGGGUUGACAACCUGGUUGCCACUCUUCAGUUCUUACCACUUUCUUUUUCUCCACCAGUCCUUUUUCAGACCUUUUAAUUCCCUAGUCCCCACACCUGAUUUCCCCUUUCAAUGGAUAUUAGAAUAUAAAUCUGCUCAGAUACCUAGAGGAGCAGGGAGUGAUUUGUAUCUCAGGUAAAGUGUGAGUUGACUGAGAAACAAUGACAAGUUCUUGCAUAUUUUGUAAGUUCUGUGUGGGUCUACAUUUAUUUGAAGGUUUUCAGCAUUUACUAUUUCUCUACAUAGUUUCUAAAUAGAAUGGAGAUAUUAUCUUCACUUAGAACUUUGCUAUUUGCUUGAUAAAAAGAAUAGUUGUGUUUCCCUCUUUUCCCUACUGUCACAAAUAGUUAUUUGGUUUUGUCUUGUAUAGCUAGCCAGCAUCAAGGUUCCAAUGUUUGUAUGCAUUUUUUGCAUAUGUUAGGGUUCCAUUCUCACCCAUCCCCACAACAUAUAUUCCCCCUAUCCCUACUUCCUCCAAAUUUAAAGAAGUAUGGAAAUGAUAUUGCCUUCCUAGUGUUUCUCUCCUUACAAAGCUAGACUUAGAUUACUAGUAGCAACUUGAGAAAUUUGUAUCACCAAUUCUCCAAACGUUCAACCAUUUGUAUUAACCAGAUGGUGCUACUUGUAAUUCCUGCUGUUAGGGGAAGGAAGAUCAGAGAUCCCCGCUCCUCACAGGUUUGGGGAAAAGUAGCAACCUGCUUGCACUGCAGAAGAGGAGCACUGUGUCCCCAGCUUUUCUGAGAAAAUUGGGGUUCAGAGCAAGGGUAGAUGCCAAGCUGUUGCCUCCCUGUGCUUUUAUUUUUGAGGUCAGAUUGAGCCUGGAAGACAGGCAUGGAUGUUCCACUUUGUUCUACUGUUUUCUAAAAAAAACAAAACAAAACACAAAAAACACACACAAAAAAACAAAAAACAAACAAACAAAACUUGGUUUUCCCUUGUAGGAAUGAGAUUAUUUCCUAGCCAGGCCUUUUAUAAUUCUGGGAAGCAGAACACUGAAAUGCCUCACCCAAAGCCAUUUUUCCUCUUACCCUAUUUAGAUGGCAAUGCAGUGAGGGUGUGCUUUGAUAUUCUUAUUACCCAAGGAGCUACUGAUGCUGAUAGUCAUGCAUCCUGGGAGUGGGGAAAUUGUAUUUUGUUUUCAUCCUCCUUUUUUAGCAGUAAAAUAGUAUUUGGGGGGGGGUAGUAAAAUAGUUGAGGGAAAAGGGGACAGUGAGUUAUGGGAUUAGCUAGCUGUGGCUGUUUUUUAAUUGUUGAAGAAUGAUCCCCAGGACUUGGGAGCUCUUGGAGACUUUAAUACAGGGUGGGGAAAAAGUAGGUUUACAGUUGUUCAUAUGAAAAAUAAUACAAUAAUAAUACAAAAAUAAACUGUGUUUUGUGUACUCAUAACUGUAAAUGUACUUUUGCCCCAUCCUGUACACCAGUGGGAUUCUCAUCACCUGUAGGAAACUAGUAGGUUCAUUACUGUUUUAUGUCUGACCUAUAUGGAUUUUUCCCCCCCGCAUACCUAAGUAAACCUACUGUAAGGAUGUACAUUCUUAUUCUUUCAUUCUGAUAAGUGUUUUCUUCAUCUGGGCACUAAAGGGAUAUGUGAAACAAUGUUAACAUUUUUUGUAAUGCCUUCAACUAGGGGUCAUUGUGUUUAACUUCUUAUAGAAAAGCUUGAAUAAAAUAAAUAUUGUCUUUUUAUAUGUCA